CAGUUUGGGCCACCUGCAGUUUUUCAGGUGGAACCUUGGAACUGGAGCACCUGCGGCCCAAAGGCGGGUCUAAGAAGGAACGGAGCUCACAUAUAGAUUAAGCCACCGUGGCUAGAACAUUUUAAUUGUUUCUUCUUUGGGUAAGUCAUUAUGCUUUAAAGCCACAACUAUGACGUUUCUAUCUUUUUAUUGGUUGCACUCUAUUAUACCCAUCGAUUUAGCUGCUAUAUCGAAUUCCCAACGCAGCCUGAUUCAAGUGACGACGACAAGUUCUUGACCUUAAAAAACCGACGUGGUCCUAUUAUUCCUUUCUUAUCCUUCUUUACCUAUACCCUUUCGACCAAAUACCAAUUUUAUCAAUACACUCCCCGUAUAUCCAAAAUGGCAGACAAGACCCCUCCAGACUACUACAGAAUUCUCGAGGUCUCCGUGACUGCAAGCACGCAGCAAAUUCGGGAUGCUUAUAAACGAGCAGCUCUCAAAACCCACCCUGACAGGGUUUCGGCCGACUCGCCCGAGCGCGCAGCUAGGACACGCAAGUUCCAACUUGUGAACGACGCUUACUAUACACUCUCCGACGCAACCCGGCGGCGAGAAUACGAUGCCCAACGCAGGAUGUACUACGGCAGCGGUAAUAGUAGUAGCGGCGGCGGACGUAGCACGUAUACCGAUCACUUCGACGACCCCGAAGAAUCCGUACCUCCCCAGACCGGGGCCGGAGGGCAGAACCCGUACUCAUGGGCGUGGAACUUCUUCACGGGCGGAAACACGAAUUCCCAGCCGAACGCACGGCGCGAACGGCAAGAGGCAGAAGAUGAACAGUUUGGAGACGUGUUCGAGGAAAUGCUGCGAGAGGAAGGGCUUGCGGAAGAGGGCAGUAAUAGACCUACGUCUAAGUUCUGGAGUAUCCUCGGCGCGGCUAGUGGCAGCGUCAUCGGCUUCAUCGUAGCUAACAUGCCCGGUGCGGUCGCGGGUGCUGUUGCUGGGAAUAGGUUGGGCGCUAUAAGGGACACGAAGGGUAAGAGCGUGUAUGCGGUGUUCCAAGACUUACCGCAGGAUGAUCGUGCGAGGUUGCUAGCGCAGCUUGCUACGAGGGUGUUUAGUCAUGCUGUUGGAAUUUGAUACGUUGGUUAUGAUUAUGGUUUAUGACAUGCUCCUCUUGUUGGAGGUAACAUACGUUCGGGCUCAUCCUUAAUGUUAGAAUUCGUUGCGUGGAGUUCAGGCCUGCGUUUUUAAAGGACUAAGCAAUGGAUGGGGGUACAUACCGUAUCAUAGAGGUUAUCAGACUGGCUAUCGGUGUAAAGGAAAAACACUCUUUGGUAUUUAAUCCAUAUAUGAGAAUGAUAUUAUCAAGAAAUCCAUAUACCAAAAACCCAUGAAGUUAGAUGUACGAUAUAUAAGUGUAAUCGUAGUCAAAGUGUUCUGUGUAUCA